GAUUAAUUCCAUUACAGCUUCAAAACCGUACAGAUCUCUGUUUCGGAGCAGCUUCACACGCUCAAGCUCUCCCCGAUCGAUUCUUCCAAUGCUCUUCUAAAUCAUCUGCAAAACUCUCGCAUCACUCAUGGGUUUGAUUUCAAACCCUACCCGUUUGAUUCUCGUCGCCACCACCAUCUUCUUCUUCAUCUUCGUUUCUUCAGUCUCCGCUCAGGAUUCGGUGGUUAACAACAAUGAGAAACAAGAAUCUGAAGGAUCUGGUAAAGAGCUUGGUCGUCGUGGAAUGAUUGGUACUGAACGAAUUGGAGUUGAUACUGUUGUAGACAAUAUUGGUGCUCUUGGUUUGAAUCUUGACCUUGAUUCUACUGGUCCUAGUGUCUUUGAUGCAUUGUUUUCGAGUUUCUCGAUGAUACUUGUCACCGAGAUUGGGGAUGAAACGUUUAUAAUAGCGGCAUUGAUGGCUAUGCGACAUCCUAAAGCUACUGUUUUAUCUGGUGCACUCUCAGCUUUGUUUGUUAUGACUAUACUUUCGACUGGACUUGGUAGGAUAGUGCCAAACUUGAUAUCAAGGAAGCACACCAACAGUGCUGCUACGGUUCUCUAUGCAUUUUUUGGUUUGCGACUACUCUACAUUGCUUGGAGGUCUACUGAUUCAAAGUCAAACCAGAAGAAGGAAAUGGAGGAAGUUGAAGAGAAGCUCGAGUCAGGCCAAGGGAAGACACCCUUCCGUCGAUUAUUCUCAAGAUUUUGUACCCCAAUAUUUCUGGAGUCCUUCAUCUUAACCUUUCUAGCUGAAUGGGGCGACCGUAGCCAGAUCGCUACAAUAGCUUUGGCGACUCACAAGAACGCCAUAGGAGUGGCCAUCGGGGCAAGUAUUGGACACACUGUGUGUACUUCACUAGCGGUUGUUGGAGGAAGCAUGCUGGCUUCAAGGAUCUCGCAACGCACAGUCGCAACUGUUGGAGGCUUACUCUUCCUCGGCUUUUCAGUCUCCUCCUAUUUCUAUCCUCCACUGUAGUAAAUGUGCUUCUUUCAAAAAUGGGUGUUAGAGACAUUGUCUGAGUAAAGUUUUCAAUUUUUU